UUACUGCGUUUUUCUUGAGGCCCCUGCAUUGCCUGCGCAACGCCUUUGGCCUGCAUUUAUAUGUUUGAACUGUAGCUCGUUUGCCCAGUUUGCCUCAUUGCAAGCUCUUUGACUCGACUGCGUGUUGCAGUUGUCAGUUUUUAGAACUUAUCCCAAAUGUGAACCUAGCCUUCAUGGUUGGCUCUUCUCAUACGUGGAGUUAAGAUGGCGUCCUCUUGCUCCUCCCCACCUUGGCACCGAGUCGAGGGCUCGCCGAAUGGCAACUCUGCAGGUAGCCCCUCAAAACUGGCACCCACCGAUGCCACGCCGGAUCGGCCGUGCAGCCGCAACACCAACUCUCCCGAAGAGAGCUGUGCCAUUUGCCUGGGACAGCCGGAGAACAAGUCAUUCACCGACAGUUGUCUGCAUCAGUUCUGCUUCGCCUGCCUUGCCGAGUGGGCCAAGGUCAAAGCGGAAUGUCCCUUAUGCAAGCAGCGAUUCAAGAGCAUCAUUCACAGCGUCCGCUCGCUUGAGGACUACGACCAGUUCUUUGUCAGCGACCUUCCGCGCCCUCCGGCAUCGCACACACAGGUUUACGAACAAAGGUUUCGUUUCCCGACCACCAUGACCUUCGAGAGGCGCCAGGAGCUGGCGGCGACGGCUCAGAGGCACGCUCGCCACUUCGCCGCAAAUUUGACCAGUCGAAACCGAUAUCUGCCCCGGGGUGCCACUACGAGUGACGAGAGACUUCACCUGUACCUUCUGGACCUUUGGGCAAUUCCCUGCUUGUCAAAUUACCGGGAAGCAUCACCCGAGUUCUACCGCGAAAACCCGGCCUGCACCCACCGUCUGGUCCCCUGGAUCAACCGGGAGUUGAAUGCUCUUCUGCGGCAGAACCGAAGCAGGGUCGUGGCGGCCAUAGACCACGUGAUGGGGCUGAUCCUCAGUUUCGACAUCAGGCAUCCUCAGUUUGCCCGCAACAUGGAACCUUUUCUUGGUGAGCACACGGAGCACUUCGUCCACGAGUUCUAUUUGUUCGCGACUUCGGUGUACGACAUGGCCGAUUACGACACGCACACAGUCUACAUUUCGGGGCGCUACUCGGCAUGUUUGCAGGCAAGCCCAGUCGAGCAGUUCAGGCAGACCCUGCGAGAAUCCGAACGGACGGCACAAAUUGUCGAACCGCCCAACUCACCUCAGCCGGGCCCCAGCGGCUUUUCUGUAUACAGGGAGGAGGUGGUCGCAACAUCCAUGGACAGCGACGACGGCUCCGACAGUUCCGACUGUAUCGUGGUAAAAGUGGUCAAGCCGAUCAGGAGCGAACUCCUGAGGUGAUUGAGCUGCUCUCUUCGGACGAGGAAGAGCUCGCGUCACGUGACAACUGUCAAGCAGGUCCGUCCAACCAAGAAGCAGGGCCGAGCAGUUCAAGUGGCCCGUCAGAAGAACGUAAGCCUCACAAGCGCUGUGCCGGUACUGGCUCGUCCUCGAGCGACACGUUCGAUGAGUACCCGCAGAAACGGUGUUCCCCGCAUCGUUUGAGGAGUGAUUCGUCGUCAAGCGAUGCGCGUGACAGGCGCCCACGUAAGCGGCGUUUGCGCACACGAAAGCGCUUCAAGACAGAACGUGACAGUGAACAGCACUCGGAAAAACAUGUUUCUUCUUCACGGUCUCGGUGGAGACAGCAGAGAGAGGAGCGGCGUGGUGCAGACAGGAGUCGCCAGAGCAGCACAUCGUCGGAUCGAUUUGGCCAUCCACCGGCACCACGGUCGAGAAAGCUGGUCAGCGUUCUUGGCGCUGUGAGCAUUUCCGGCAAGUCGCACGAGGUGUCCGAUCAGGAGCGCCAUCAUUCCCGCCACCGUCGCCACGAACGCAGGUCCAAGAAGAAGUCGACGCGAAAGCAGAAGCAAAAGCGGCGCAGUUCCUCUCCUGAAUUUUAGCCAUUUCAAGUUGUGCACAUGUGUAAAUUAAAUCACUCGUUUUUUAUAUAUCUGC